CAACAACAUGGCUAAUAAUCCAGCACCUGGAGCUUCCUCCUCCUCUUCCAAGCUGCAACAGCAGCUUCUUACUUGCUCACUCUGCUUCCUCUUGAUGGUCAACCUCUCCCACAAAAUCGUGCAGUCUGCUGAGGCUGCCCCUGAUAAAGAUGGAUGGACGGCAAGCCGAGGCAACAGCAGCACGAAAUCAUCAGAGCUUUGCAGCAGCAGCAGCAGCAGCAUUGACACCGCGACAUUUCUGCCCCCGCCAUACUCCAACAUCACCAUGGCCUGUACCCCUCUCUGGAACAACUUCGUCCUCAGGUACCACAAGGGAGAAGACAAUGUGAUGACAUUUGUGCUAUCUGUGGUUUACACGAGCGGAUGGGUGGGGAUGGGAUUCUCCAAGAACGGGCUGAUGGUGGGAUCCAGCGCGGUGGUUGGGUGGGUGACCAAGAAAGGAACUCCAAUGGUGAAGCAAUACUACCUCCAAGGGUCCAAACAGUCACAGGUAGUGGCAGAUGCAGGGGAACUUGACCUCAACCACAUUCCCCCGGCGGCCGUCCUCCACCCCCCGCACAUUUACUUGGCGUUUCAGGCCAAGUUCGACAGGCCUCUUCUCAAGCAGCCCAUCAUUCUGGCUUUUGGGACCAAAUACCCCGGUCACCACCACUAUCGCUUGUCACACCACGACGACAAGACCACCAUUUUGUUCGACUUCUCUGCAGGCCCAGAAUCAGCAGUGGUGAUUGAUGCUGGGGAAAUGAAGAGAAACCAUGGGGUAUUGGCGACAUUAGGGUGGGGUGUUCUGUUACCUGCUGGAGCCAUUGUUGCCAGAUACCUGAGGGAGAAAGAUCCAUUGUGGUUCUAUCUCCAUUCCAUCAUCCAGUUCCUUGGGUUUCUCUUGGGGCUUGCUGCUGUAGUCCUGGGACAGAAGCUAUACAUGGAGACCAAUAACGCCCAACUACUGCCACACAGAGGGAUAGGAAUCUUCAUUCUCACCCUCGCCAUUCUUCAGAUACUGGCGUUUUUCUUGAGACCAAACAAGGAGUCCAAGAUCAGGAGGUACUGGAACUGGUACCAUGCCUGGAUAGGGAGAGCUGCUCUUUUCUUUGCAGCGGUCAACGUUGUGCUGGGGAUCCAUAUGGGACAUGCUGGGACUGCUUGGAAGGUUAUGUAUGCCUUGAUUCUAACAACCAUCCUGGUCACAGUCAUAACUCUUGAAGCAUUGCAACGAUUGAGGUGGAGACCGGAGAAGAACACUGAUGACAUCAACAACCAUCAUCCUCAUGCAUCCAACUUACAGAUGAACUCCAAUGCAAUAAUGUAAUUUGUAUGAUACCAUCUCUAGUACAUUGUAAAAUUUGCAUAGAUUAGCAUGAUUGUUGUACCAAUGGAAGGCAAGAUCCACCUAAUAUGGUUUCUCAAGGUGUUCAUUAUUGCCUUUGGAGGUGUGAUGAUUACUCAUUUCUGCAAUAAUGCAUCUGGUUUGGUCAGUCUUCCAUGUGAUUAUGAUUCUUUUCAACUUUGAUCAGAUCUUAUUUACCUUAC